AUAUAUAUAUAAUAGUAAGCGAGCAGGAAACUGCAGUUUUCAGUAAUGGAGGUAUUUGUCUGGCGGUAACAAGCAAGUACAGAGGCCAGGACCCACCACAACGCUACUCAUUACAAAUUGCAGAUUUUCACAUCAGCCACAAUGGAGGACACUCAUAUCCCUAACGUUUAUGAAUACGGAGAUAUGAAUUUUACGGACAUGGAACCACAUCCAGUAACACUCUCCGGGAUGUUUUUGGCUUCUUUAAUUUCUGCCAUCGUCAUGUUCCUGUUCAAUGGAUUCCUACUGUUUGUCAUUGUUCAAGAUCGUUGCUCUUACAGAAAAGCAAAAUGCCUGGCUUCCUUAAACUAUAUACUCAACUAUGCGUUUUUUGCUUUGUUUUACUACUUCUAUACGGUGCAUAUCCAUAUGUAUCCAGACAUGCCACGCAGUAGUUGUGCUUUUAUCAUAUUUUUAUACCUCGUGCUGGAAGAUGGGACAAAAUAUUUCAUAUUUCCGCUCUGUAUCGAUUUCAUAGUGCAACAUUUCAUGCCCAAUCAACAUCAAAAACGGAAAUUCAUUUAUUUUCAGUUAAUUUUAAUUGGCGGUAUAUGGGGUGUAAUAUUUCUUAAAGAGAUUGCUCUCUCUUCUAGCCAACCAGAAAACGAGAUCCCUUUCUGUAUUGUUAUGCUGUCAGACGUUAUAAUAUAUAGUCAGCUAAUUUGUACGAUAUUAUUCCUUUGUGCUGUUGUCGUCUGCCUCAGUUUGCUAUUGUAUAUUGCUAUCAGAAACGAAGAGAAACCUUGGAAAUCAUUCAACGUGAUGGGCGCGGUGGCGGUAAUCAGUGUUCUUCUAAUUGUAGUACACGUAAUAUCUAUGUCGUCCACCAUCACAAUGUUAGCUUUCAUUGACUCCAACGGCAACAACAACAGUAUGGCAAAAACGUCUUCUAUUGUUCAUUUCAUAGGAUCGUUAUUGAUACCGUUCGCUUGGCUCUGUGACGGCGCCAUACGACAGAGUAUAUGGAAACUAUUUACCGGAAAGCGCUCAACACCGGAAAACCAAACCGUGAACGAAUUAACCACCGAAAUUGACUGAAAAUAGUUGCAUCUUACAUUUGCUUUUCAUUUAGUUUAUUUCUUGGUUUUUUUUUUUUUUUUUACAGUCUCAUAAGCCAUCAAAUACUUUUUGGUUGAUAUA